GCCAGGUUGGCGCUAGUGACCGCUAGCUAGCUUCGGGUAUCGGGGACCGAGAGUGGGCUGGCGGAGGAGGGAGUGAGGAGUUGGGGCUGAGAGGAGGGGGUAGAGCCCUCGACCGUCGAAUAAGGGGACGCGCGAUGGGGCAGAGGCCCACUGGCGAGGGAGCGGCGCAGAUGAGAGAUGGGGGUAGAGCCCGGCUGAUGGGAGACAGACUGCGGUUAAGUCGGGAGGGAGGAGGCAGCACUGACUUGCUAGGGUGUGGGAAAGGAUCAGGUUGUAAUUUGGGAAGGUUGAGGUGCAGUCCAAGGAAGACGGCUCAAGAAAGUGGUGGAUCGGCUCAGGCCCCGGCCUAGGCUGUUGGAUGGCCGUUGUCGGAUGCCGACAGAACAGAGGGAGGAGAAGCAGCUUGAGGCAUCAUUAGAUGCACUGCUGAGUCAAGUGGCUGAUCUGAAGAAUUCGCUGGGGAGUUUCAUUUACAAGUUGGAGAAUGAAUAUGACCGGCUGACCUGGCCAUCUGUCCUGGACAGCUUUGCCUUGCUCUCUGGACAGUUGAACACUCUGAACAAGGUCUUGAAGCAUGAAAAGACACCACUGUUCCGUAACCAGGUCAUCAUCCCUCUGGUGUUGUCCCCAGACCGAGAUGAAGAUCUCAUGAGGCAGACUGAAGGACGGGUACCUGUUUUUAGCCAUGAGGUGGUCCCUGACCAUCUGAGAACCAAGCCUGACCCUGAGGUAGAAGAGCAAGAGAAGCAGCUGACAACGGAUGCUGCCCGCAUUGGUGCUGAUGCAGCUCAGAAGCAGAUCCAGAGCUUGAAUAAAAUGUGCUCAAACCUUCUGGAGAAAAUCAGCAAAGAGGAACGAGAAGCGGAGAGUGGAGGUCUCCGGCCGAACAAGCAGACCUUUAACCCAGCAGACACCAAUGCAUUAGUGGCAGCUGUUGCCUUUGGGAAGGGGCUGUCUAAUUGGAGGCCUUCAGGCAGCAGUGGUCCUGGCCAGCCGGGCCAGCCAGGAUCUGGGACAAUCCUCGCAGGAGCCUCAGGAUUACAGCAGGUGCAGAUGGCAGGAGCUCCGAGUCAGCAGCAGCCAAUGCUCAGUGGGGUGCAGAUGGCCCAAGCAGGUCAACCAGGGAAAAUGCCAAGUGGAAUAAAAACCAACAUCAAGUCGGCUUCCAUGCAUCCCUACCAGCGGUGAGUGUGGCCGACAACCUCCACUCCCAGGUGCUCUUUGCAGAGUUGGGCAGUGAAGCUGCCUUUUGCCCAAAGCUGACCUAGAUGAGUAUAAUAAAAAGAAUACGGGCUUUCAGCCACAGACAGAUCCCAUCUCCACUGCCGACUAGCUGUGUGACUUUGGGCAAGUGACCUAAUUUUUCUGAGCCGGUUUUCUUGUUUAUAAAUGGUGAUAAUACCUACCUCAUAGGGUUGUUGUGAGGAUUAAAAUGGGAAAAUGAAUGUAAAACACUUGGCACAGUCUAUGAAAUAAUGGGUAUUCAAUAAAUGAGAGCUUCUACAGCCGCUUCUCCCCACUGCCCCCUCUUCAGUCCUCGAUCCAGAACUUAUCCUGAUCUGAUCCUGCUUCAUGUCUGUGGUGAGCUGAUGGACACAAGAUCAUGGACCGCUCAGCUCUGUUUGAAAGCCUGUGCUUAUUUCAUGCUGCCAGAAACGGUGACAGCCUCUGUGUCCUUAGAGGCCUGCUGUCUCCGCAGGCCUUCCUGCCCAGAUUCCAUCCUGGCCAUCUCUCCAAGCUGCAGGUGACGAGGCUUCUGGUCUGAGACAGACGGUCCACUUGUGGCUCUGGAGAAGCUCAGGCCUGCUCUGUUCUCCAUCCUCUGAGAAGCCAGUUCAGCUCUUAUCUGGGAAAUAGUCACAAAGUACCCUAUCCUUUCCCCUACACCUCACACACGAAGGAAGAUGUUGAAGGCCCGGUAUAUGGGGGCUUCUUCAGGAAGUGGCUCUACCAGGCAGGACUAUGUGAGAAAGGGUUUUUCUUAGCAGAUGAAAAAGUCCCUUGUUCCCCAGACGCUUUUUUUCUUAUUUUAGAGGGAGAGGGGAAUUGCACCUCACACCAUCUUUCAUCAUGGUUGAGUUAUCCUCAUAAUUUGCCUGGUUCCUGGGCUCCAGCCAGGAUGGUUUUUCUCCAGUACACUGAGCCUGUGGUUCCAGUAAGGGCCAGGUGGAUGGCGGGAGGUGGCAGCCGCCAGUACUUUUGCCUGCUUUUAUAAAGCUGAGAGCAGAGUGGGCUUGGGUCUCCAGCUUAAGCUGCCUUGCUUAGCUCUCUGUUGUGAACUAGGGCAGGGGUUGAGUCAGCAGAAGUGGACCAAAGGGUUUCUCUGAAUAAAGUUAUUUAAGUUGAUGGCCACUGUAUCAGGGUUAAUCUGACAGAUAAAUUGAGACAGCUAUGUAGGGAUUGGAGACUACAUGUCAGAGACUUUCAAGGUUGCUGCAAAGCAAUUCUAAUUUGUUUUCCAAUAAAAAGUUUUCUUAGCUUUGAUCUAAAUGUCCUGAGAGGUAAUAGGAGGCCCUUCUCACACCUUCCAGCUGCCUUUUUUCGGUUCUCUUCUGUCACACAUUAGUACUUAGGCAUUUGUUCAGUGCCAGGCAGAAUUCUGCCAGGCUGUGGCAGCAAAGGGCUGGGAAAGUGGUUGCAGAUGUCACAUCCAUUCCUGUUCCAUCAAGACAAGAAAUGGUAUUCACACAGCUCACUGAUCAUAGUACACAGGAGCACGGAAAGUUCUGCCAUCAGCUCUGAGGCAAUGUCAGAACUGUCCCCUACUUCAGCAGUGCUCCCUUACCGGUCUAUCAGCCCACUCAGAUGUUCCUUAUCUUCUCUUCCCUUCACACUGGAAAUGUCAGAGCUAACUGUCAUAUUGGAUAGAGUUCAAGGUGUGCUUCUCUAAAACCCCUGGAGCAUCUUUUGACUGCUGUCCUUUAUUCUACCAAAAGAUUCCUUCCUAUUGAAAGUUUCUUGAAAACUUUCUGGACCUAUUGAAACCACCCCAAGUUUCUUUGUUGUCCCAGCCUAAUAUCGACGUCAUUCCCAAAGUACCAUCUGAAAUGGAUUCCUUGUCCUCCCAGAGUGGAAAUGUCCUCCUGCGCCAGCAGGGACAUAUGCAGGACCCCACCUACAUCUUGUGCCCUUAAACCAACAGUCCUUACUCCGCAGGCACUCAUGUCUUUAUAUUCACUCCGGGAGCAUGUGCUCUCAUUCCCAACCCCUCAACCCCAGAUCCUCUGGAGUGAACAAACCUAUGUAGCACUGCCAACUUUGGGGCCCAUACAGCCCAGUAAAUGCCUCAAUGGAGAGUAUCUCCCAUCCCUAACACACUCAUUCCCAAAGGAGGGAAUACAGAGUUUCCUUUCAAGAAGAGGACAUUGACCUGCUCCCUUGCUCAGAUUUCAGAUUUGCAAAAGAUGGCCCUCUUGCUCCACUCUGGUAGUGUUGCUCAGUUUCUGAUGGCUCUGUUUGGCCUAGGGCUUGUGUUUUCUCCUACUCUUGGGGCCCCGGGAGAAUGAGAUUAGGCCAUUGUCUGCCAGGUGUGUGUCUGGGAUGGCGAAAGAAGCAGCAGCUGUGAAACUUCAAUAUUCUGUAGCACAGAGGUCAUCCUGCUGAAGGUGGAUGCAUCAGUGUUCCCACGACACCCAUUGCUAGGACCACUCCCUCUCCAGCUCUGCCCUGAGGCUGGGACUCAGUCAUUGUUGAAUGUCCCUUUUGCUGAUUGCCCCAGUCACCCUGUUCUCUUCCCCUCCUGGUGUCCAUUGCUGCCCUACCUAGCUAGGUCACCUAACUUCACCUUGCAUUUUCUUGGGAAACAGCCAAGGUAGAUAGGUUGUUCUAGCUAAGUGCUCCUUCUAACUCCAUUAUCAGUCCUGCCAUGAGGACUGAGCUGCAGCGGGUGUAGCGCCCACCUCCUGUCCUGCUGUUGAAGGGAAGAAGCUGAGCUCUGCAGGAAUGCCCCAGUGCAAGGCUGGUCCCUUUCCCACCCCCUUCUCACCUCCCCCAGGCAGCUGGGAACAACCUCUCCCUUUGUCUGAGCUUCUUGUACAGAAUAAUCCUCCUUAUGGACAAUGUAUUCUCUGUGCCCUGUGGACACAGGAGCCGUGUGAGCUGAUCCCAGCACCAGGCAGGACGGAGGCGGAAUCCUUCCAAAUGCCCACCCUAGGUCAACUCCUGAUUACUGUUCAGAGAAACUACCAAGGGGUGUACAUUUUCUUCCAUCUGUUCGAGAUUUGGGGGGCUAGCCUAUUGAAGUUUAGCAGUGGACCAGGAGUAGGGUUGGGGGCUGUGGUCCCUCUCUGGUUCAGUCCAGAGGGUUCACUGUACCAACCUAUGGAGGCUCGAUGUGGCUCUGGCCCAUCAGCUUUGAACGCACAGGGGCUAACACUUGGAAGGGGUUUGCCACCCUGCAGAUGGGGCUUUCUAACUGGAACAGAAGGUGAACUCCAAUCCAUCUGACAGGGCCAGGGCAUCCAUUGCUUCAACAUGUGUUUUGUCCCACAGGACAAACUUCCUCUCUUCUUCCCUUUAACUUAUCUCUCUUUUGUUCUUGAGCUCCUGUGCGUCUCUGAGGCAGCUCCUGGAUCUCUGUUGUCAUCUCUUUUUUUUUUUUGCGCUACGCGGGCCUCUCCCUGUCGUGGCCUCUCCUAUUGCGGAGCACAGGCUCCGGACGCGCAGGCUCAGCGGCCAUGGCUCACGGGCCCAGCCGCUCCGCGGCAUGUGGGAUCCUCCUGGACCGGGGCAUGAACCCGUGUCCCCUGCAUCGGCAGGCGGACUCUCAACCACUGCGCCACCAGGGAAGCCCUGUUGUCAUCUCUUGAUGAGUUCACAUGUUCUCAAGAUGUCGCCUACCACUUGGACAUGGCAGCUUCCCCAAGUACAUCAUGGAUAAGGCCCCUGAAUUCCCUAUAGGCCUCGGUUUUCUCGCCUGGGUGCUCCCAGUGAUCCUUCCUAGCUUUAAAGUCUCUGGCAAUGAUUCUCCAGCCUGUUUAUCCCCUGGCAUUUUUCAUAUUCCUCAUUGCAUGACUGUGUUAUUAUAGGCUAGGUUUUUCCUAGAUCAGCCCGCCAAUCCCUUGAAUCCCUCCAAACUGUUCCUAAAGUUCCCUGUCACCUGCAGCUUAAAAUACCCACAUCCCUCUAGAUCACUUCCCUAAAAUUGUUUUCUAGCUUUCACUAGUUCUUUAGUGAAAAUUCAUCAAAGAGGUAGUAAGUUACUGCAGAGAUAAAUGCAUUGAAUGCCAGAAGUCACCUUCCCACUCAGGGAGCCCCCUCUCUCCCCUGGGCAAGAUAUAUGUACCAGAGAGACUCCCCCAUAAAAGCAGUAAAUUAUACUUUUCCAUGUCAUGAUACCCUUCCUUACUAAAUCAAAUCCAAGGAGCCCUAGGCUGCUCCCCUUCCCGCUUUGCCUCGGCCAUUCCACUGCCUUCCCUGGCCCUCACCCGAAUUUCCCUAGUUUAUGGUCAUUUUGAUUCUUCAUCUUCUCUGGCCCACACCCCAAAUGUAGAGCAUCCUUAUUUCUUUUUUUGCACUAAUUUCUCUGGGCUGCACCCAUUUUCAUGGCCUUGGUUGGUAUCCUUCCGUGUUAGUCCUUCUUGAGUCCAUGUCCCCACUCACUGACACACAGCCACGCUCGUGAAAUACAGAGCCUACCAUUUUCCUGCACACCUCCCAUUCACUCUUUAGCCCCACUUCCACCCUUCCUCGGGAACUACCCUGUCUCAGAUCACUGCUGACCUGAUGGCUAAAUCCAGACUUUUUUCAGUCCUUAUAUUUCUUACUUAUCUCCAUGGUGUUUAACAGUGCUGGCCAUUAACUUUUCACCUCUUGCCCUUCACCGGCUCCCACCUCUCUGGCCAUUCCUUCUCUGCAGCUCUUGGCCUUUUGUCCCUCUGCCUGCUUCCUUUUUUUUAAAAAAAGCAUUUAUUUAUUCGGUUGCGCUGGGUCUUAGUUGCGGCAGGCGGGCUCCUUAGUUGUGGCAUGCAGACUUUCAGUUGCGGCAUGCAUGUGGGAUCUAGUUCCCUGACCAGGAAUGGAACCCGGGCCCCCCUGCAUUGGGAGUGCAUGGUCUUAACCACUGUGCCACCAGGGAAGUCCCCCUCUGCCUGCUUCUUGAAUGUUGUUAUUCUCCAGUACUCUGUCCUUAACCUUCUUUUCUUAUUCUACCUGCUCUCCUUGUGACCACCACCUUUAUGUACAUAACUCAAACAGGUUUUAUUUUCAGCCCAGACCUCUUUGCUGACUUGCAGAUGCCUAUUGGGUAUCUCUGCCCAUAUGAUCCACAAGUACCUCAGGUUCUGAAUGUCCAAAUCCAAUCAUCUUUCCCUUCAAACCUGUUUCUUUUCUAACAUCCUAGGUGUGACCUAAGCCAGGUCUAUGGAAGCCAUCCUAAACACGCCCCCCCAACUCAAUCAGAUACUAAAUCCUGUCAAUUCUGUCUCCCCAGGAUCCUGCCCUGCAGUUUAGGCCCUGGGCCUCUCACCCUAAAAGUAUUGUUCAGACUCCCUGUAUCCAGUCUUGCCCACUCCAACUCAUCUUCCAUAUGGCUGCCAGAUACAUCUAUCUAAACUGCAGUUCUGAUCACAUCACUCCCUUGAUUAAAAUCCUUUUGAUAGUUUCCUUCCCAUGUUUCUCAAACUGGAGUCCACAUACCUGGCAGGUUGGUAGGGGCAGUGUGCUAGGCAUACUGAAAGUCGCAGGAUAAAAAUCAUCCUAGAGGGACUUCCCUGGUAGUCCAGUGGGUAAGACUCCACGCUCCCAAUGCAGGGGGCCCGGGUUUGAUCCCUGGUCGGGGAGCUAGAUCCCACAUGCAUGCCACAACUAAGAGUCCGCGUGCCACAACUAAGAAGUCUGCAUGCUGCAACGAAGAUCCCGCAUGCCACAGCUAAGACCCGGAGCAGCCUAAAUAAAUAAAUAUUAAAAAAAAAUCGUCCUAGAAUGCCCAUUUUAUUCGAGGGUAAAUAAUUUAAACAGAAUGCAGAAUUAUCAUGCAUGCAGUAAGAGAAAAUAGACUUCAAAGAAUUCCUACUAGUCUGAAGGGCUUCAUAAGUAGCCAUUAGAUUCUCUGGGGAUAUUUCUUCUUCCUUUUUUUUUUUUUUUUACAUUUACUUCAGUGGAAGUUUGAAAAACAGCUCAGAUUUCCUGGAAAGGCAAGUAGGAUUCUGUGUGAUCUAGCCCCUGACUUCUGACUUAUUUUCUGUAGUGUCCUGACACCCACUUCAAAGUGCUUGAAGUUUCCUGAAUGUAACAGACCCCAUUCCUUUAGUCCCACUGUUCCCUCUGCAUGGAACAUUUUGCCCCAUCAUUCUGUGAUGACUACUCAAUCUUAUCUUUCAAA